ACGCUCUUCAGCUCAACUCCUCCCACCGACCGCUUCAUCUUUAGAUUUUUCAUAUCUUCUGUCGCCGGGCGCAGAACAUAGUCGUCUGAUCUGAAAUUAUGCUUAACAAUAUUCUCAUUCUUGCUGCACUGUCCUGUACGGCAGCCAUGGCAGACAUCUUCGGACCACUCUCAGAUCACUUCAUCAGUCACCUUAACAAACGGCCUAAACGAAAUGAUGCGUUGCUCCGUCAAAUCUCGGCUUUUGGAGAAACAGGUUCAUUCGGUGGAAAAGUGUUCUCAGAAGAAAAGCUAGGAAACACACCAAUCGUCUUCAUACAUGGAAACUCUGACUCAGCAUUAAAAUUUGGUGAUGGUCCAUUCCAGUCAGGAUGGGAUGAGAUUUUGAAGUAUUUCAUGUCAAAAGACUAUACAUUGGCUGAGCUUUACGGUAUCACUUAUGGAGACCGAAACAUUUCAAAUUCAUACAUCAGGCAUUUCAACUGUCAAAAUGUGCAGCUUCACCGACGAUUUCUCGAGUUUGUCUUACAUUACACAAAAGCCAAACAAAUCAACAUUGUUGCGCACUCUAUGGGUGUCAGCAUUGCCCGAAAAGCGAUUCAGGGUGGCGAGUUUGUGACCAAAACUGAGUCUUGCGACAUCGGACCCAACCUAUCGCAUCGAAUUGGCACUUUCAUUGCUCUUGCGUCAGCAAACUAUGGAAUGUGCCCAUGUCAACAUGCAUUUGCCUUUCCAGCUUGCGGAAUGGAAACGGGAUUCUUUCCUGGCACCUGCCCAGAAAUGACUUGUUCAUCUCAAGAUGUGAAUAUAUCAGAGACGUGCGGAGAAGUACCCUACUCCAACUAUCUGAUGAACCUGAAUAAUAGUGGAAAGAAGGACGCAUCAUUUGUUGCAAGCUUAUGGAGUGAUGACGAUGAAAUUCUUGGAAAAGGAAACAUGGUUUGGGGACGGCAAACGUCUUUAGUUCCACAUUCAGAUAUGCGUAAGAUCUACAGUGAUUUGAAACAUAACGAUGUUAAACUGUUAACUGCCGAAGACCAGUACAAUAUCAUUCAUAUGAACGAUCAAAAAUUCAGUCUUCACGAAACAACGGAAUACUAAUUCUAUCGUUAUAAGUUAAUAUUUCAAUUUUAUUAUGGUCAUAAUUUGCAACCACUUGUCAUUCAUUUCCAUCCCAUCCUCGAUUUCCAUGAUCAUCAUCUCUACUACAAAAUUAUCAUUAAUAUUUCUGAAUAGACUACCUACUUUCAAUGUGAUACUCAUGUUGUAUCUUCCGGUUGUAUCCUCAUUAAGCAAUUAACGGGUCGUUAUAAUUUUCUUUUACCAUGUUUUGUUCAAAUUUGUAAUCACUACUUCGUUUGUUCUUUCUUUCUUAUUACUGCUAGUUUUUUGUUGUUGUAGCGCUUUUAAUGCUUGUAAUUUUGGGAAUAUUUGAUUCAAUUCCAAAAACAUUUGGUAAAGUAUUUUUACUAACUUUAUUUUUUUUAUAAUAUUAUAAUUUGAGAUAAACAAAUAGAUGUAAGUG